AUGCAAUGGGGCUACCGUAUCCACGACUUGCGGGCAACAAUCAAUUGGGCUCUAUCUGCGAUGCCUAAAAUCAUACUCUACGACUUCCCCAGCAGAGAGCCAUGCGCGGCGUGGCUCCCUAGCGCCUGGAAAGCUCGCAUGGCGCUCAAUUACAAGAAGAUUGAUUAUGAAACGCAAUGGGUAGAGUACCCGGAUGUGGCACCCCUAGCAAAAUCAUUGUUAGUCUGUAUCCCUCCGGGUGAAGGACCAGGCCUGCCGUACACAAUCCCGAUCAUGACGACGGCUGGUGGGGAGCAUAUCAUGGAUUCCAAGAAGAUCGUGGACUACCUUGAGGAGCAUUACGCCCCGCCAGACUACCCUUCUUUGCACCUCGAUAGCCCAAUCCUCGCUCGCGUCACAGAACAGAUGCCGGGAAUCAUGCAGCGCUGGGCAUCGUCUGUUUUUCCCCGAAACCUCCUCAAUCCAAGAAGCGCAGAGUACUACGAACGCACGCGCAAGGGUUUCUUUGGUAUCUCGCUCGAGGAAUUCGGGCGCCAGAAGUCCGGCGAGGCAUGGGCUGAGCUGGACGCUACGUGGGGCGGGCUGGCUGCGUUGCUGAGAGCAACAGAGGGACCGUAUUUCAUGGGCGAUAUAGUGUCUUACGCUGACUUGCAGCUCGUCGCAAUAUUGCAUUGGGCGAAGCGGGCUGACGUGAGUGUCUUUGAGAGGCUUGUCGCGUUUGAGCCGGCGUUUAGGAUGAUUUACGAGGCGGCUGCGCCGCUUCUGGAGCAGGACACGUAG